AUGCGAGCUGGCUUGUCGACGGUGAUUGAUCCUGGCUGGCUGGCAAUGUUCUCACCGUCAGAGCUCCAGACAUUGGUCAGUGGUGCGGACGCCGAUUUGGAUGUCGACGACAUGAUGAAGCAUUGCGCUGUGCACAACAUUCGUGACGAAGCUGACCGCGAUUACAUGAAUCUUUUCUGGAGUGUCGUCGGCGAGAUGUCAGCGGAGGAUAAGCGUGGAUUGCUCAAAUUCAUCACUGGCUGUUCACGUCCACCGAUCGAGGGUUUCAAAAUGCUUUAUCCAGCCAUCGGAAUCCAACUGGUGUGUCGAUUUUCUGUUACCAGCAUCGCUUCUUGUUCACUUUCAGGGCGUAUUCCACGAUUUGUUCAUUGA